UACUAAAGGUGAUAGUUAGUCAGUCCCCUGAUGAUGACUUAUAAGACUUUUGUGGUCUAUUGCAGUACUGUGUUCAAUAAAAGGUUGUGGCACAUUAGUGGCUUUAAGCCUUUAUGGAGUGGUUGCUGUUGUUCAUAUAACAACCUCCCUGAACCACUCUCCUCAGUCUCACACACUCAGUUCUGCCAUGUAUCAAGUCUAAUGAUCAGAAACAUCUGGCAAAUUUAUCAACAUUGAUAACUGCUCAAAUCAAUAUUGUCCAUCUGAGGGAUGCACACCUCUAUUGUACAGAGACUGUCCAUGGUACUGAUCCUCAGGCAGUGAAGUCAACUGAGCAUGUGAUUUUAGCCUACUAACUGCUACACCUUAGUGAGCUAUGUUCUUGCAAAUUAGGGAGGGAGUUGUCUAUUGAAAGUCCAUUGUUCUUAGGAAAUAUACAAAGGUCAGUAAAUAUAGGACACUGGAAAGAUUACUGGUGAUGAGAAAGGUUUAGCAUUUAAAUCCCACAGGUUUUUUUUUCAAAGCCUAGAGAAUCUCCGGCAAUCUAAUCAAUGUCACAAGUACAUGAGGAAUGGAGAAGCUACUGCAGCAACCAACUAAUGAAAUAACUCUCCAUUCUGGGAGCAAAAGGAAUACUUCAGAAGGUAAAACAGUGUCACUUCAUGUGGAGCACAAACCUUCGAAAUGUGUACAAGAUGAGCAAAAACUAUUGCCAAAAUGUGACCAGGUGUCCAGUGGAAGUGCAGCACUGGGGUCAGACAGGGAGAGAACCUGCAGUCAGGCAUCCCCUUCAUCACCCAGACUAUCUUGUCAGGGCUCUCAGAAGAACAUGCCUUGUGCCCCACCCCCAACACCAAGCACACCAUUUCUCAACCAACCAGGAAACCAGCCCCUUACCGAGUUUCAGUUCCAGCCAGAGGAGUUAAACUUUGCUCUGCUCAAGUGUGAUGACAAACAAGUGGACAGUGUCCCACUGAGUCCUAUAAAAGAGUGCCCUGCCAAAAAAUCUUUGCGUAAACCUGCCCCUGUAGAGACCCUGUGGCCCCAGGUUGAAUGCUCCCUGGCAGUUCCUGAGCCCCACUCUCCCGUCAGACCCCCUGUCCCCCCUCCAACCCCUGACACAGUAUCCAGAAAACCCCAGGAGGUUCAGCCAUGCCAGCUCUCUGCAGAUUUGCUUACCAAGGCCCUGUCAAAACACAGCCUGGGCUCCGUCUCAGCACGGAACCUGAAAUUUGGGGAGGAAGAACUGCCAAGAAAAGAAGGCUCAAAGGUGCGAAUACCAAGUGAAGGAACAAAUCAAUAUAGUCAACAUCAACCUGUUCUUCGACAACAAUAAGGCAGAGCAGAAAAAAAUUGAGGGAAAACCAUGCAAGACAAGGGUGGCAUCUGGACUUAAAGACUGACUUGACCUGCCCAACAGUCUGUAUCAGUGCAUGGUCUAACACAAACUAAUACCAGGCUUGUAGCAAUUUCGUGGAGGGCUUCUUUUUCUAUAACCUUUUCACCCUCUUAGUUGACCCAACUUACAGAAUGGUAUAGCUCCUUAAUCACAUCCUUUGAUUCAGAGUGGACUUUUUCCAUUAAAAAGGUCGGUUCUUUUGCCCCCCCCCCCUUCCUACUUAUAGGCCUCAUUGCCAUAGUUGCUUUUUCCAAUUCACACUGUAUAUAAUACUGUCCUAAACCAAUUAUGUGCUACACAUGCAUGCAAUAUUUCCAGACUUCAGAAAAAGAUUUUCAUGUCAGUUAAUAUGAAAUGCUUAUAAGCUGUAAAACUCAAAAUGCUGUUUUCAUGUUUGCUUAAUUUAAUUUCCGAUCCAAUCGUGAAGUAGCACCUUGUACACUGUGCAUUGUCUUCUAAUGUAAACUGUCUAUUUUUCCAUUACUGUACAGUGUGCGUUAUUCAGCCACAAAUCCAUGUACAUGAAAGUGCAUUUCUUUAGAUAAAAUGACUGCAAAUGGGAUUUUGGCAACAAAGAAGCCUGAGGUCCUAAAUGCACAAAUUUUAAGUAUUAUUUGUAAAGGCACCCAAGGGCUAUUUAACAAUAUCUCUAUCUCAUUCCAAACUGCAGAUCAGUCUAAUUAAACUGUGUGUUUAUUUAACACCUAUUUUUGUCUUCAUUUUAGACAUUUGCAAGUAAAUGGUUUCAUGCAUUGCAUUUUUAAACUUUGCAUAAAACAAGGAAUUUGGGUAAUAAUUAUCAACUCUGAUUGUCAGAUAACAAGAUGUAAAAGUAAAAUCAGUUUGAUGAUGAAUAUGCAUUUCAGUAUUUUUGCAGUUGCUGAAAUAUACUCUUAUGAUAAAGUACUCAGUAUUUCUUCUGACAUGAAUAACACUGUGAAAUGAAAUACCACAGUAACUUGAUCUUUUCAAUGGGCAAAAGUGAUCAAACUUUCAGUUUUGUGAUCACAAAAAUUAUAUUUCUAUGUAGCAUUUGUGGUUCUUUUACAGCAUAGAAUUGAAAUAUAUGGUAGCCUGCUUUUUAAUUUUGUUGCAAUUUUGUUUUGUUGCAUGGGAAUGUUUUAAUUUUAUGAAAUUAUGUCUUAAAAAUACUGUAUUCACAAUAUGCCCACCAUUGAAAAGAUUGAAUGAUUACCUUAUAGUCUAUUCAUUAGCAAACAAGGUGGCGCUUGUAUUAACAUGCCUUUAAAGAAAAUAUAAAAUGACCAUAUAUGAUGCCAUGCUCUGUAUUAUGACACACUUUGUACCUCAUUAACAGUUCUACUGGACUAGAUGGCUCAGUAUCAAUUUUGAAAUAAAGGGCAAUAUAUAAUGCUA